AUGAACUAUAUGAGAAGUCCGUUUUAUCCAACGCAAACAUCGGCGCCAUCAGCAACGACAACAACAAGUAAACCAACAGCGUCAUUGAAUAAUUGUGUUCGCUUUAAUGAUUUAAUAUCUGUAUCACAAACAUUCAAUGAACGUGAAAAAUAUCUUACUGCUAAAUAUCCUCAACAGCAAAUGCAAUUGAUACGUAAACGAUUAAAAGUUGAAUUUUGGUUGGAUGAUCAAUUAAGAUUUCUUUAUGAUAUUAAAGAUGAUAGCUCACAAGAAGAACACGAUCAAUGUCCGGAAGAUUUAAUCGAUUGCCUUCUAGACAUAGACGAUGAAUCAGAACGGCGUAGAUUUAUUCUCGAGAAACUAAGAAAUGUCAAACAAUCGCAAUCGAUAACACUGGAAUUCAUCGAUGAAUGCCUACGUCGUAUAAAAAUGUUGUAA